AUGGUUGCCACAAAGCUUGACGGCAACAGCAUUGCCAAGGCCAUUCGCGAACGGCUGGGCGCAGAAAUUGCAGAGAAGCAGAAGAAGAACCCCCGCUAUCACCCCAGCCUCAGAAUCAUCCAAGUUGGCGAUCGUUCCGAUUCCACUACCUAUGUGCGCAUGAAGCUCAAGGCCGCUGAAGAGGCCCGCAUCGACUGCAAGCUGCUUCACUUCCCAGAGGACAUUACCGAGAUCGAGCUCCUUGACCAGAUCCGUCGUCUUAACAACGACGAUGCUGUCAACGGCAUCCUUGUCCAGCUGCCUCUCCCCAAGCACAUCUCGGAGGCAAGCAUCACCUCUGCUGUCGCUGACGAGAAGGAUGUUGACGGCUUUGGAACCAACAACAUUGGCGAGCUUGCCAAGCGCGGCGGCCAGCCCAUCUUCACUCCCUGCACUCCCAAGGGUGUCAUCACCCUGCUGAAGGAAGCUGGCGUUGAGCUUGCUGGCAAGAAUGCUGUGGUUAUUGGCCGCAGCAACAUCGUCGGUGGCCCUGUUACACAGCUCCUGAACCGAGCCAAUGCCACCGUCACCAUGUGCCACUCCGCCACGAGCGAUCUCCCCGCUUACCUCAAGAACGCCGACGUUGUCGUCGUUGCCAUUGGAGCUCCCAACUUUGUCAAGGGCGAGUGGUUGAAGCCUGGUGCUGUUGUCAUCGAUGUAGGAACCAACUACAUUCCCGAUGCUACACGCAAGUCCGGCCAGCGACUUGUAGGUGACGUCGACUUCGACUCCGCCGUUGAGGUCGCUUCCGUCAUUACCCCCGUUCCAGGCGGUGUUGGCCCCAUGACCGUUGCCAUGCUGUUGGAGAACGUUGUCGAGGCCACAAACAGCUUUUUCGAGAAUGAGAAGCUUAGGCAGACUGUGCCCCUCCCCCUUCACCUUCAGUCUCCCGUUCCGUCAGACAUUGCCAUCUCCCGCGCCCAAGCCCCCAAGCAGAUUACCCGUGUCGCAUCGGAAAUUGGUAUUGAGUCCCACGAGCUGGAGCCUUACGGAGCAUACAAGGGCAAGGUCGACCUUGGCUUGCUCAAGCGACUCGAGCAUCGACGAAACGGCCGCUAUGUUGUUGUCACUGGUAUCACCCCAACACCUCUUGGUGAGGGCAAGUCCACAACCACCAUGGGUCUGGCUCAGGCCCUCGGCGCUCACGUUGGCCGAAUUUCUUUUGCCAACGUGCGACAGCCCAGCCAAGGACCGACAUUCGGUAUCAAGGGCGGUGCUGCCGGUGGAGGUUACAGCCAAGUCAUCCCCAUGGAUGAGUUCAACAUGCAUCUCACAGGCGACAUCCACGCCAUCACCGCGGCGAACAACCUGUUGGCUGCCGCCAUUGAGACGCGCAUGUUCCACGAGAACACCCAGAAGGAUGGCCCUCUGUACCGCCGUCUGGUACCUGCCAAGAACGGCGUGAGAAAAUUCCUUCCCUCCAUGCUGGGCCGUCUCAAGAAGCUUGGCAUCGACAAGACCAACCCUGAUGAGCUGACUCCUGACGAAAUCCGCCGCUUCGUCCGACUGGAUAUCGACCCAGAGACCAUCACCUGGAGGCGCGUAUUGGACGUCAACGAUCGCCACCUUCGAGGCAUCACUGUUGGCACCGCUCCCACAGAGAAGGGACACUCUCGUGAGACAGGCUUUGAUAUCUCUGUUGCCAGUGAGUGUAUGGCCAUCCUGGCGCUCAGCACCGACCUCGCCGACAUGCGCAGCCGCUUGGGCCGCAUGGUCAUUGGCACCUCUCGCGGCGGCGAUCCCGUCACUUGCGACGACAUUGGUGCCGGCGGUGCUCUUACCGCUCUGAUGAAGGAUGCUAUCAAGCCUAACCUCAUGCAGACGCUGGAGGGUACCCCCGUCUUCGUCCACGCGGGUCCUUUUGCCAACAUCAGCAUUGGCCAGAGCUCCAUUCUUGCCGAUAGACUGGCUUUGAAGCUUGCGGGUACUGAGCCCGAUGAGGAUCACAACGAAAAGACGGGCUUCGUCGUCACCGAGGCCGGUUUCGACUUCACCAUGGGUGGUGAGCGCUUCUUUAACAUCAAGUGCCGCACUUCAGGUCUCGUGCCCGAUGUUGUCGUCGUCGUCGCCACCAUCCGUGCCCUCAAGGUGCACGGUGGGGGCCCCCCUAUUGCUCCCGGCGCUGCCCUUGAUGCUGUCUACAAGCAGGAGAAUGUCGAAAUCCUCCGAGCUGGUUGUGUCAACCUGAGGAAGCAGAUUGCCAACGCCAAGUCUUUUGGCAUCCCCGUUGUCGUUGCCAUUAACAAGUUCGCUACCGACACCGAGGCUGAGAUCGCCGUCCUCCGUGAAGAGGCUAUUGCCGCUGGUGCUGAAGAUGCCAUCCUUGCUGAUCACUGGGCCAAGGGCGGUCUGGGUGCUGUUGACCUGGCCAAGGGAGUCAUUGCUGCCAGCGAGAAGCCCAAGGAGCUGAAGCUGACUUAUGGCCUUGACGGCUCGAUCGAGCAGCGCCUCGAGGCCAUUGCUCAGAAGAUGUACGGUGCUGCCAACGUCGAGUUCAGCGAGCUUGCUCAGAAGAAGAUCGACACGUACACCAAGCAGGGCUACGGCAACCUGCCCAUCUGCGUCGCUAAGACUCAGUACUCUCUGUCUCACGACCCUGACCUGAAGGGUGCGCCCACUGGCUUCACGGUGCCCAUCCGAGACGUUCGCAUGGCUGCCGGUGCAGGUUACCUGUAUGCUCUGGCUGCGGAUAUCCAAACCAUUCCCGGUCUCCCCACCGCCCCUGGCUACCUCAACGUUGACGUCGACCUUGAGACUGGCGAGAUUGACGGUCUUUUCUAA